GAAGGAAGAAGUGCCGUUUUUUUCUAGUCGUGAUGAUAGAAACCGGCAUAUGAACCACUCCUCUUUCUCUGCACAUAUUAAACCAGACGGGACCUCCACUGCACAUUCAAAUAAAAACCUUCAGAACCCAGGAAUACUUAAUAUAGGUAUUGAAUACUACAGAAAUUGUCAUGUCGGGCAUUAAUAGGAAGCUAAAUAAUAUGAUGGAGACGGAGAUCCACGUGCCGGUUGGAUCACCGACGAUUAGAAAAUUCCAGAUAUUCGUGGACGAACAUAACGUGACGGAGGGGGCGAUGAAGCUGAUUAAACAGCUCAGACCGGGCUGGGACCCGAACCUGAUUCGGACGAAGCUUUUCACAGAUGGCACAACUAACAAACUGGUGGGGUGUUAUGUGGAGGACUGCCUUGAUGAUACGGUGCUGGUGAGGGUGUACGGCAACAAGACGGAGCUGAUCGUGGACAGAGACAGCGAACUGAAGAGCUUCCAGGUUCUGCACGCCAAUGGUUGUGCACCACGACUUUACUGCACUUUUCAGAAUGGCAUCUGCUAUGAGUUCAUGCAAGGACGCGCUCUGGAUACUCAAGACGUCAGGGACCCCGUGUUACUCAGACUGAUCGCACAAGAAAUGGCCCGCAUUCACGCCAUCCACGCACACAACGGCUGCAUCCCCAAACCCAACCUGUGGAUCAAAAUGCGCAAGUACUUCUCGCUGGUGGCCACUGAGUUCACAGACCAAGCCUCCAACGUCAGAAUCCAGCAGGAAGUGCCCAGUCAGGAAGUGCUAGAACAGGAAAUGAUGUGGAUGAAGGAACACCUGUCGCAGCUGGGCUCUCCUGUAGUGCUCUGUCACAACGACUUGCUCUGCAAGAACAUCAUUCACAACGCAAAGGAAGGUUAUGUUCGGUGUAUCGAUUAUGAAUACUCCAGUUACAACUACCAAGCAUUUGACAUUGGAAAUCAUUUUAAUGAAUUUGCAGGAAUGAGUGAACCUGACUAUAACCUUUAUCCCAGUCGAGAGAUGCAGUUGGACUGGUUGCACACUUACUUGCAGGCCUACAAACUCUUUUCCAAGAAAGGUGAAGAGGUGAGCCAACUUGAACUGGAGACGCUCUAUGUACAGGUCAACAAGUUUGCUCUGGCCUCACAUUUCUUCUGGGGUUUCUGGGCCCUGAUCCAAGCCAAGUACUCCACCAUCGAGUUUGACUUCCUCGGGUAUGCUGUGCUGCGUUUCAAUCAGUACUUCAAGACAAAACCUGAUGUAAUGGCCCUGGAGAUCCCUAAAUGAGACGUCAAGAUCGAGAGGACAGUGCUGGUAUCUGCUGACCUCAUUGUUGACCGUUUGACCAUGGAAUCAGAGGCCUUUUCAGUCGGGGCAGGGUAUGGGGAUACAGCAGGGGUGAGCACUGGGACCGCUUAUGAUUGGAUGACAACUUGUCUGCCAAGGCUUAGUUCCACAAAUUCUUGAUCCCUUUUUCAAACACCAAGUUUCUCUUUGGGACUGAACUUCUAGUUCCCAUGAAAUGAGUGUGUUUAUAUGUUUUAAUUCCAAUUUAUUAAUUAAUUAUUAUUGGGCACUUGUUUUUCAUCUAAGUAGUCCUUCCGCUGCUGGAGCCGACUUUGUUUUGGGGCUUCUUGUUAUGGGUUUUGGUGGUGUGAGAGCCAUAGCAGACAUGCAGAUUUGCUGUUAAGGAGGCCUGUAGUGAUGUUUAGCAAAGCUGUAUUGAUACUAGGGGCGUUGACUAACACAAAACACCUCAGCCUGUAGAUUCAUAAUUAUUUUGUCAAGGAUGUAGCCCACUAUUUUCUCUAUUGCAAUGUCAAAUGCUCGAAGACCAAAAAUGAGCUAAUGCUUUCAGAUUUAUCUCACUGUGCAGUAAAGAUGAGAAGAAAUUGGGGUAAUGGGUAAAAAUCUGGUUUGCUAGUACAAAAGUUUUCGGUUUAGAGCCAAGCGGGGUGGCUCAGGAACUAGAUAGUUACCAGGGUCAAAAUCCUGCACUUUAACGCACUUGAGCAAAUUAGUUAAACCCUGCAAUUAGUCCCCUGUAAGUCACUUUGGAUGAACUGCGUCAGGUAAAAGGCAAGUAACCAAGUAACAAUUGAAGUCUGUCUGAUCUCACUCUAUACAUUCCCAAGAAGUCAGGGCCACGAGACCCCUCAGCCACAUUUCCAUCUAUUUAGUUUUUAUGGUUGUGAGGAGUUCGUUGAAUUUUCCACUCAUCACAGGCUUCCCCCUCCUCCUCUCGCUCUCUGUCCUAAAUGCGUUUGCAUCACCUGGCAGAGCUCAAACUGAGAUUUGAAAGUCAUUAUCUGCUCAAUGAUCACUAAGCUCAUUCCUAAUAUAAAUCCCCCUCCUUAAACGUCAAUCUAAUGGUUUUCCAAAACUGGAAAACGGUGCAAUGUUUAUGUAAUAGUGUUGUGUAGUUUGAUUCAGGUCACCAUCUGUGAGGACUCAAUGCAAUGUCCUGGAUCGAAAAGGACAUUAUCAUUUAAGUUCAGAAUAUUAAUUUCGGAUUUAAGGAUGUAAUUAAUACCUGGACUGUAUGGUUGUAUGUGGUUUUAGCAGU